AUGUUAAGAUAUUUUUUAAGAUCAUGUUCAAAUGAUGUUCGAGUACGUUUUGCACCAUCUCCAACUGGGAAGAUGCAUCUUGGAUCUUUAAGGACAGCAUUAUUUAAUUAUCUUUUUGCUAAACAUCAUAAAGGACAAUUUAUAUUACGAUUAGAGGAUACAGAUCAAACUAGAUUAGUUCCUGGUUGUGGAGAAGAAUUUGAAAAAAUUUUAUCAGAUUUUGGUUUAAAUGUUGAUGAAAGUCCUUUAAAAGGUGGAAAUUUUGGUAGUUAUAAACAAAGUGAACGAAUUAAUUUGUAUAAAGAGAAAAGUGAAGAAUUAAUUCAACGAGGACAUGCAUAUCAUUGUUUCUGUACACCAGAAAGACUAAAUAUUUUAAGAAAAAAUGCUGAACGUUUAAAUGCACCUGUUAGGUAUGAUGGGAAAUGUAGAAAUUUGUCAAAAGAAGAAAUUUCUCAAAGAUUCAAAAACGGUGAAAAAAGUGUAAUUCGUUUUAAAUAUGAAGAUCGUGAAAUGUCAUUUAAUGACAUUGUGUAUGGUUUAAUUACUCAAAAAACGGGUGAAGGAGAUUUUAUUAUUAUGAAAUCAGAUAACUUUCCAACAUAUCAUUUUGCAAAUGUCGUCGAUGAUAAUCAUAUGAAAAUUUCUCAUGUUAUCCGUGGAAUGGAAUGGAUUUCUUCAACUGGCAAACAUUUACAAUUAUACAAUUCAUUAGAUAUUACCCCACCAAUAUGGAUACAUUUACCUUUAAUUACACGGAAUGGGGAAAAAAAAUUAUCUAAACGUGAUAAAGAUGCUUUUGUUGAAUAUUAUACUAAAGAUAAAGGAUAUUUAACUUUAGGUAUUUUAAAUUUUUUAAUUAGAAAUGGUAGUGGAAUAAGAAAUCAUAGUAUUACUAAAUUAUAUCAAAUAAGUGAUAUGAUAAAAGACUUUGAUCAUAAUAUGAUUGGUAGAAGAAAUUUUAUGUUAGAUAAAAACUCUUUAGAAUACUUUGGUAGAUUAUCUUUUAGAGAAGCUAACUUUGAUACUCAAUUAUAUCCAGAAAUUGCUAAUAGAAUUGGAAAAAAUAUUGAUAAGGAGUACGUAAGAAGGGUAGUAGAUUUUUUGAAAGAAAAUGAAGAAUCUUUUAGUAAACUUUCUUUGUUAGAUAAAGAUGCUUCCUUUGGAUUUUUCUUUUCUAAAACAACUAAUCUUGAUAAUCUUAAAAGUCAUUUUGAUACAAAUAUUAUAAAAAAAAUGUUGUUAGAAAUUUUAUCGUUAGAUGAUAUAAAUAAUGAGAAAUUACGGGAAAUAUCUCACAAUAAUGAUAUGAAAUAUGCUAAGUUUUUUAAAAUGAUUCGUUUAUCUUUGAUAGACUCAAUUAAUGGACCACCAAUAUCAGAAUUAAUUACAUUUUUUGGUGAAAAAGAAAUCAAAAAUAGGCUACAAAAUGUUAUAUUGUUAAUUAAUCAAGAAAAAUAG